UAUUAUAUACAUACAAUUUUAUUUUUAUUUAGUAUAAAUUUAAUAUAUCUUUGUUGGAUGUGAAUCUCAGACUCGGAAUGUUUUAUUUAUAUUAUGAAAUAUAUUUGUUUAGUUAAAGUAUUACAAUUCUCACUUUUCUGUUAGUGCAAAUUAAAUGCGAAUUAAACUUGAAUUAUUUUCACGCGUCACUUUUAUAAGCACAAUAAUUUUAUCAUUUUAACAUGCUUGUGUAGAGUACGAGAAAAUUUAUUAUGUAAUGCACUGGGCCUGCUGGGACCUAGAAAAGUAUGUUAUCCUAAAUGCUCUAUCGCAAACGCUGUAGGGAAGAUAAGGACGAUAGCAGAAAGUCGGAAACGCCAACUCCGGAGGUGGAUGAGGAUGGUUUCUGCAUCAGACCGAAGCCAGAUCCGUGGGAGAACGAGAAGGGAUUUUAUUCCAGCUCGGACACGGAUUCGGAGGAUGAGAGGGAACGGAAGAUCCGAGUGGAGAUAAAACCCCUGAGCAACGGCGGUGCACCUAUGAGCGCCAGCGUGGACGAACUUAGGGCGACAGUGGAAAAUUUAUCUCUAUCACCUGCACCAACAGUGAGACAUUUUCUACUUAAACAUUUUUUAAAGUAG